GGGGAACAAAGAGGUGGUCCAAUCAACAUAACCAAUCUCUUGCAACGUCACCAGUCAUGGUACCAGUCUCCUCGAAACUUUUGUGAACGGUAAAACGAGAAGUAUAUUUUUGCAUUGUUUUGGUCUACAUUUCAGUUUUUGACACAUUCAGAGAGGUUAAGGUCAAUAUUGGAACAAAAUGGAUAUUAUUUUUUUCCUUCCUCUUGGGAUUGCGAUAUUAUAUUUAUUAUCAGGAAUACGCAAACACAAAUCAUAUGUGGGUAUCUCCGCAAAAACGCAGUUCCUCUACUCUGUAGCGGUUCUUGUAAAUUGCAACGUUUCCAUAGUCUACAUAUUGCUCAUAGUAAUUCCCUCAAUUGUGGCUUUUGCUUUAGCCUUUAAGAUGAGGGACACGUACGAAAAAGAAGCGGACAGUUUUUGGGCAGAAAUUCUUCUUACAGCAGCUUUGAUUUUCUCCAUUUUCUUCUAUCCUUAUUUUUCGUCCUUUGGGAUACUCUCUGCUUUUGGCGAUUAUAUAGAAGCAGUAGCAUUUAUUCCCCAGCUAUAUAUGAUGUGGAACAGCAAAAAAACUACCAAACACAUGAAAGUAUAUACCUACCUUUUAUUCUUGCAUAAGAUACUGAACAUAUUAUUGUGCAUAUACUUCUACUGGUUCAUUGGUCAGUACAGUAUAAGAUAUUCGGUAGUUUUGAUUAUAAAUUUCUUAAUUAUGUUAGUUGCUGUAGUAACUGUACGCUCUAAACGAAUUAUCCUACACUCCGAAGAGGAAAAGAUGGAUACUAAAGCUCAAAAUAUCUUCCUCGUCAGUGCUGGGUUAGCACCACCCAUUACAACUACCAAACCUGAUGCUGCUCCUGAUACCACAAAUGAAGUGAACAAGCCGUCGUUAGUAUAAUGUUCUUAUAAAUUACAAAUACGAAAAUAAAUUGAAUAUGUGAAUUAUUUUUUUAUAUACAUUUGUACUUGUAUACUGAAUAAAAGUAAAAGAUUAAUCUCA